AUGGCCAUCCGUGAACACCGUCUUUUGCUGGACGCGGAUUCAACUUCAAGAUCAACAAGUGACAUGAAUAGGCCAAGAGAGCAAUUCACAGCCACAGGUGAUUCAAAUUUUGACACCAACAUGGUUUUUAUCUUAGCAGCUUUACUUUGUGCACUUAUUUUUGCAUUAGGACUUAACACGAUUGUAAGGUGUGCUCUAAGAUGUAGUCACAGAUAUGCUUUUGAGACACCAGAUGAAACAAUUGCUCGUUUAGCUUCUAAGGGUUUAAAGAAGAGUGCUUUGCGUAAGAUUCCUAUAGCUGUUUAUGGUUCAGGAGGUAGUUGUAGUACUAGUUUUGCAGCUACGGAUUGUCCAAUUUGUCUUGGGGAGUUUGUGGAUGGAGAGAAAGUUAGAGUGUUGCCAAAAUGUAACCAUGGAUUUCAUGUGAGGUGUAUAGAUAGAUGGCUGCUUUCACACUCCUCUUGUCCUACUUGUAGACAGUCUUUGAUUGAGUAUCCAAAUCCAACUAGUUCUGAAGCUUCAUCUCUAGUUGUGAAUGUUGUUGCUGUGCCUGCACGAACCUCAAACCAGCGGCUUUAA